GCGAACUAGCGUACAGCCUAGUCGAGAUACUUUUUGACCGUCGAGGAGGAUCACCCAUCCCCUCCCUGGACCAUGUCCCGUGUUCACUAGGCCAAAAUGGAAGAAGAAAAAAGUUGAUACCUCCUACACGUGGCCCGUUUUUAUUUUUAUCUUUUGGUUCUUACAGCCAGCUUGCCCAUCCACACUUCCUAGACCCCCGUCCCGUCUAGAGCAGUCACCCCUCACGAACUAAGCUUCUCCCCAUGGUGGACAACAAGAAGGUAGAGGCCAGCAUGGCCUAUGAUGACGAGCGAACAAGCCCCCGUGGGUCAGUAUUCGAGGAAAAGGAGGUCUUCAAGAAGACUGAUACUGGAGUCAACUUCCGCAAAGUUGGGUGGUUCAAUGCGGGCGUGAUUUUCACUAAGAUCCUCUUUGCGACAGGGGUCUUAUCACUGCCGUCAGCGCUGUACUCGCUAGGAGCCGUUGGGGGCUCAAUUAGUAUCGUGGCUUGGGGAUGCUUCAAUACUUACUGUUUCGUUAUUUUAGGCAACUUUCGCACAAGACACCCUCACUGCCAUUCGAUCGCUGAUAUGGCUGAGGUCGUCGGCGGCAUAAUUGCAAAGGAGGCGACGGGGUUAUUGUUUAUUAUUGCUUACGUUCUGGUGACAGGCAGUGGAAUUAUUGGCGUGUCGACCGCACUGAAUGCCCUUUCGCACCACGCCGCGUGCACUGUCUGGUGGUCAUUUCUCGCCACCGUUGUCAUUAUCGCGACUGCCUCCAUUCGCAAACUUGAGCAUGUGGGCUGGCUCACCUAUGCUGGCUUUAUUUCUAUUUACGCCGCCGUCUUAAUUGUCGUUAUCGGGGUAACCACACGAGACCGACCAGCAGCCGCACCUCAGGAGGGCCCAUAUGAGCUAGGCUACGUGGCCAUCAAUAAUCCCGGGUUUGCGGCCGGUAUGGUCGCUUCCUGCACAAUAUUUGUGUCAUCAGCCGGUACCAGUGCCUUUCUGCCGGUCAUCUCGGAGAUGCGUAAUCCGAAAGAUUACAAGAAGCCGCUAUACUUCUGUAUGGUUCUUGUCACCGCUUCGUACCUUGCCUUUAGCUUGGUAGUCUAUCGCUGGUGUGGGAAAUGGGUGGCAAGCCCGUCUUUGGGGAGUGCAGGACAAACGAUCAAGAUGGUGUCUUAUGGUGUUGCGUUGGUGGGGUUGGUCGUGAGCGCUACGAUUUAUCUGCAUGUGGCGGCCAAAUAUGUCUUCGUACGCAUCCUAGGGAAUUCGCGGCAUUUGCAGGCCAACACAGUCGUCCAUUGGGGCACUUGGAUCGCAAGCACGGUUAUCCUCGGCGCCCUUGCGUUCAUCCUAGCAGAGGCGAUUCCGAUCUUUAACUAUCUCAUUGCCCUUGUGGGCUCCGUGUGUUUUGCUCCACUCGCCAUGAGCCUUCCGGGCUGGCUGUGGCUAUACGACCACUGGCACUACAGGAACGGUACUAUGAAAGAAAAGAUUGUGUUCCUUCUUCAUUGUGGCCUGGUGCUGCUGGGCCUUUUCUUUCUAGUUGGAGCGACGUAUGGCGUCGUUAUCCAGAUUAUUGAUGCCUACAGCUCCGGGACUAUUGGAUCGGCAUUUAGCUGUGCAGAUAACUCAAAUUCGUCUUGAGGUAACUGAUUGGCUCUAUCUCAAUCGCAGGCAUCAGAACAGUCAUUACUUGUUCGCCUGUACUAUAAAGCACUCUAGAUAUUUAUUCUUUUUUGCCAUAUCUGGCAGGGACCAUUGUGGCUGCGUUCUAUAUAGCUUCUUGGGCUCUCUUGCGUUGGAAUGUUUCCCUUCUCACUCCAUUAUUAAUUGUAAUCCUUGUGACUAGACAGUAAUUGAUAGUGUGAGGAAAGGCUGUAAUUGUAUAUACUCGACCAUCAGAACAAGGUAUUCAUAGCCUGUUUAAGCCCUAAGCCCUAGGGAGCGCUUUGGUGGAACCCUG